AUGCGAGCCGUAUUUCUCUUCGUCGCCUCUGUUCUCUCUGCACACUAUGGCGCUUCUCAGGCUUCGGCGCAAGCUAGCAAUAGCUUACGGGCAUCUUGGCUGGGAAACUCAUCUGCCUUGCCCAGGAACUCGUCCUUCACCUUAGAGCCUCUCUACCAAGCCUACUCUAACAAGACGCCCAAGUUCACAACCGAGCCUCUCAUCCGGUUUCUGUCUGAGCACCCGGGCGCACGACUUGAUCGCAUGGCGCCGAGCGGCUUUGAUCUCCUCGUCAAGAGACAGUCCAACGGGCUUCCCGAGGGUGCCUGCGCGCCCGGGACGCCCUGCAGCAACGGAGCCUGCUGCAGCAACGGAGCCUGCUGCAGCAACACGGGCGUCUGCUCGUAUGCGCCAUCGAGUUGCGCCCCCGACGUCUGCAUCAGCAAAUGCGACGCCAAGGCCCCCUGCGGCGAGUACGCCGUGCCCGGCAAGGCAACGUGCCCUCUGAACGUGUGCUGCUCCCAGUAUGGCUUCUGUGGCAGCACCGCCCAGUUCUGCGGCGACGGCUGCCAGGCCAGAUUCGGAGGCUGCGGGCCCGCGCCUCUUCCGUCGUGCCCCAGCGGAGGCGGCAGUGUCGUCGGGGCGCGCCGGAUCGCCUACUACGAGAGCUGGGCGGAGACGAGGCAUUGCGACGCCGCCGAGCCGGAAGACCUGGACUUGGCGAGCCUGACGCAUCUCAACUUUGCCUUCGCUUUCUUCGACCCCACCAGCUUCCAGCUCAGCCCCAUGGACGCCAUCGCGGCCUCGCUCUACUCGCGCUUCACAGCCCUCAAGACCAAGAAGCCUACGGCUGACUUGGCCAACUUCCCGCUCUUCCUCUCCGAGCUGAGGACCUCCGUCGGCCCGCUCGGCAUCAGCGUCACGCUGCCGUCCUCGUUCUGGUACCUACAGCACUUUGACCUCCUGGCCAUGCAGCCCAGCAUCGACUGGUUCAACCUGAUGAGCUACGACAUCCACGGCGUCUGGGACUCGAGCAACAGGUUCACGGGGCCCUACAUACGGCCCCACACCAACUUGACCGAGAUCCGCCUGGGCUGGUACGGCCGCUCGUUCACGCUGGCCGACCCGGCCUGCAACCGCCCCAACAGCGUGUGCCACUUUACUGCUGGCGGCUCGCCGGGGGAGUGCUCGAGGUCGGCAGGGACCUUGACCAACGCCGAGAUCAAGCGAAUCCAGGCGUCGGGUGCCGCCGUGGAGUCCUACGACGAUGGCGUCACCAUGCAGCAGAAAAUACCCACGGCUCAGAGUCUCUGCCUAGGCGGAAUCAUGAUUCUACUGAGCCCCGGCGGUGACGGAUUCCAGUGGGCGAUAGACCAAGACAACGCCGCCGGCGACAGCAUGGACGAUCUGCUCGGCAUCGGCAAGGCCAACGGGGUCUCGGACGCGGUCGUGCAGCGGUACAAGAAGCUGGCGGCCCAAGAGAUGCGGCGGCAGGCUGUCGCCUCGAGCUGCUACUGGUCGUUGUGCGGCGGAUCAUGCACGACGGGCUACUUCGACGUGGCCGAGGCCCGCGGCUCCGUCUCGGCCGUCCAGCGCGGCGCCGUCUGCGGGCCGGGCGAGGUCCAGAUAUUGUGCUGCGCGCCCGGCACCACUAUGGGCUCCUGCCGGUGGGAAGGCUUCCGCGGUCUCGGCUUCCCGUGCUUGCCCGCCUGCUCGGACCCGGGCGCCACGCUCGUCGCGCGCAACACCAACUCGUACACGACCAACGAGGGCGGCCAGGUCAGCGACCUGACGUGCAACGGCGGGUACCAGGCCUACUGCUGCGUGGGCUUCGUCCCUUCCUCCAUCACCAACUCGGGCAACCUCGUGCUCUACGGCCAGAACGCCAAUCGACAAAGCGCCACCACCACCGCCGCCACCUCUCUCAGCAGACGCGACGGCGAACACGGCUUGCUUGAUCGGUUGGAUAAUCGGGGGCCCGGGCCCGUCCACGCCCAACACGGGGAGCCCAACGACCAUCGGAACCCGGACGGCGUACGGCCAGUGGCGGAACAGCGCCGCGCCGAGUACCGGACCCUGGUGCAAGGGUCGCGGCCGGACCAGGGCGCGACGUGUCAGCUAGACGAGUUCCCCAUGGGCAACCUCCGCGAGUCCCGGAACCUCGCCCCGCAGGCCUGUCGCCUCGUCAACGGCCUAGCCAACGGCGCGCAGGGCCGCGACUACGACGCCUGGAAGUCGGCUCAGUGGCGGCCCUGCUCCGCCUACAGGCGCACCGUGUGCAGCGUCCGCGACGACGGGCCGCCCGCGGCCUGGAAAUUCAGCCCGCUGAACGGGAACCGCGGCGCGGGGAGCGGCAAGCACUUCCUCUAUGCCUACGGCUUAGACUUGCAGACGCCCGGCUCGCUCUACUUCGCCUCCUUCACUUUCACCGCCGGAUCGCCCCAGUUCAAGACCAAUACGAUGGUAGUAAAUCACGGCUUUCGUGUUCUCGACGAUGAUCCCAUGUUCGGGGCGGCCUACGGAUGGAUGAGGCAGAGCUAUCGCGAUGACCCAGGCCCACUCGACGCGAGAAAUAGGCCUUUUGACUUCCAGCCCGGAAUAUUUCAGAAAAGGGCAGCGCAGGAAGGUCUGGCUGCCGGCAACGCCACGGGGAACACGGGAAACGGCACCGAGGCGAACGGCGGCAGCAACCCCCAGCCCGCUGCUGUCUGCCACAUGGACCUGGAGCAGCUCCAGCAGAAGAGGCCCCAACGACAAGCCGACGCCAACCUCGACUACGAUCGGCUCCUCUUCGUCGACGUGGCCGGCUACCCGGUAGAUGGGCGGAGCUGCGACGUAAUAUACGAGGAUAGGGACCUGGAUUCGCGCGUGCGCAUCGUCAUCGACGAGGACGGCAACGUGGUUGACGUGUACGCCGAGGACGCUGCGGACCCGUGGGGUAGUCGCGGCGAGAGUCCGGCUAUGGCUGAGCUGCUCGUUAGCACCGCCACCAUGGCUACAACGGCCGGGGCUGCACGCCCGAGAAGCGGCAAGCCCUCGGUCGGCGUCCCUGCGAGUACGACGGCGACGGUGACGCGGCUGAGAACGGUGGUCACGUUGGCUCCCGCCGUCUAG